GAAAAAAACCAGAAAUGAACAUUCCAAGAUGCUUUUACUUGUGGCAAUACAAGUUUAAUUUGUCAAGUUAAAAAAGUUCUCACCCCUCUUAUUUAGCCUACAAAUGGGUGGCUUCAUAAGCCACUCAAUCCACACUUCCAUCUUUCUUGUCAUCCAAUAUUUCUCAUCUUCCAUGGCCUCUCUUCAUCCUCUGCAACUUCUCCUUUUCCUUUCUUUAUUACCUUCCCUUCUUAUAACUUCCACUUACUCCUCAUCUCAAACUCCUCAGCAAUACAUUGUUUACAUGGGAAGUUCAGGAAAUGGGAACGUCGGUGGAGAGAACACUGAUCAGUCUGUGGAGUCAGCUCAUUUGCAGUUGUUAUCCUCCAUUAUACCAAGUCAUGAGAGUGAGAGAAUAUCAUUAGUCCAUCAUUACAGUCAUGCUUUCACUGGAUUCUCUGCCAUGCUCACAGAGAUUGAAGCUUCUGAAUUGUCUGGCCAUGAAAGAGUUGUGUCAGUCUUCAAAGAUCCAACUCUUAAACUCCAUACAACACGUUCUUGGGAUUUCUUGGAGGCAAAUUCAGGGAUGCAAUCUAGCCAGAAGUAUUCUCAUUUAUCAAGUGAUGUAAUUAUUGGGGUGAUUGACACAGGAAUAUGGCCUGAGUCUCCAAGUUUCAGUGACAAAGGACUUGGAGAAAUCCCUUCAAGAUGGAAAGGAGUUUGCAUGGAAGGGCAUGACUUCAAGAAAUCCAAUUGUAACAGGAAGCUGAUAGGAGCAAGAUACUAUGACACUAUUCUGAGAACAUACAAGAAUAACAAGACCCAUGUGGCCAAACCAAAUGGCUCUCCAAGGGACGACAUUGGCCAUGGCACCCACACUGCAUCUAUAGCAGGUGGUGCUGAAGUAGCUAAUGUAAGUUACUAUGGCCUAGCAAGAGGGACAGCCAGGGGUGGCUCACCUUCAUCUAGGUUAGCAAUCUACAAAGCUUGUACAACAGAUGGUUGUGCUGGCUCCACAAUCUUGCAGGCAAUUGAUGAUGCAAUUAAAGAUGGAGUUGAUGUAAUCUCCAUUUCUAUAGGGUUGAGUUCAAUUUUUCAAUCAGAUUACCUGAAUGACCCUAUUGCAAUUGGUGCAUUUCAUGCACAACAAAUGGGUGUUAUGAUAAUAUGUUCUGCUGGAAAUGAUGGACCUGACCCUUAUACUAUUGUCAAUUCAGCUCCUUGGAUUUUUACUGUUGCAGCUUCUAAUAUUGAUAGAGAUUUCCAAUCUACUAUGAUUCUUGGAAAUGGGAAGACUUUUAGAGGAUCCGCCAUUAAUUUCUCAAACCUCAAACGGUCAAGGACUUAUCCUCUUGCAUUUGGUGGAAAUGCUGCUGCUAAUUUUACUCCUGUAUCAGAAGCAAGGAAUUGCUACCCAGGAUCAUUAGACAGGGCGAAAGUUGCUGGGAAGAUUGUGGUCUGCAUAGACAAUGAUCCAAGUAUUCCAAGGCGAAUCAAGAAAUUAGUUGUGGAAGAUGCCAGAGCCAAAGGGUUGAUUUUGAUCAAUGAGGUUGAAGAAGGUGUACCCUUUGAUUCAGGUGUUUUCCCAUUCGCAGAAGUUGGCAAUAUUGCAGGAACUCAGCUCCUUAAAUACAUAAAUUCUACGAAAAAGCCAACUGCAACAAUCCUUCCAGCUGUUGACGUUCCACGCUACAGACCAGCACCCGUAGUUGCAUAUUUCUCUUCCAGGGGACCUGCACAGCUUACAGAAAACAUCCUGAAGCCAGAUAUAAUGGCUCCAGGAGUGGCCAUUUUAGCUGCCAUAACUCCCAAAAAUGAGUCAGGAAGUGUUCCGGUUGGAAAGAAGCCAGCAGGAUAUGCAAUAAGAUCUGGCACAUCAAUGGCUUGUCCUCAUGUUACAGGAGCUGCUGCAUUCAUUAAGUCCGUUCAUCAAGGAUGGAGUUCUUCCAGGAUAAGAUCCGCACUUAUGACAACAGCAAAUAUUUAUAACAAUAUGGGGAAACCCUUGACAAAUAGUUCAAGUUCAUAUUCGAAUCCGCAUGAAAUGGGGGUUGGAGAAAUAAACCCACUUAGUGCUCUUGAUCCAGGGCUUGUCUUCGAAACAACAACUGAAGACUAUCUUCAAUUCCUUUGUUACUAUGGGUACUCAGAGAAAAACAUAAGAUCAAUGUCUAACACAAACUUCAACUGUCCAAGAGUCAGCUUUGACAAACUAAUCUCCAACAUCAAUUAUCCGUCAGUCUCCAUCAGCAAACUCGAUAGACACCAACCUGCCAGGACCGUUAAAAGAAUUGUUACUAAUGUUGGUUCCCCAAAUAGCACAUAUGUUACUACACUCCAAGCCCCUCAAGGACUAGAAGUAAAGGUUACACCAAAGAAACUUAUUUUCAAAGAAGGAGUAUCAAGAAAGUCUUUCAAGAUAUCCUUCAAUGGCAAGAUGGCAACAAAGGGCUACAAUUAUGGGUCUGUGACUUGGGUUGAUGGUACACAUUCUGUUCGUCUGACGUUUGCAGUAUAUGUUGAAUAGUAAGAAGAAGAAGAAGUGAAAAUGGAUGAACAAAGAUUGUGAAAAGAAGGACUAUUUUUAUAGAAUUCGGAGUCAUAAUUUUUGGAAGGAUAGAGUUUCCUGUUCUUUGUAGUUUUUUCUUUUCUUUUCUUUUUCUGUUCCUUCCUUUUCUUGAACCUACAGAACUGAAUUUCAUCACUGUAAUGAAUACAGUAAGAGUCCAGGGCUAAACAGAACUGAUUCUUUGUUAUAUUCUUUCUGUUACAGUGUAACUAACAGGAAUAAACACGUUUUUUGCUGUU